AUGAGUGCAGAACCCACUUUACUUGCGUCACAUACGUCGGAGGGCCGUCCAGUCACUGCCGACGAAAAGAAAAGUACCCUUUCAAAGGAGCUCACACCCUCAGAGCACGUUACUCUGGACGUGAAACAGAAUUCAAAGGGCAUCCGAGCCUUUCUCCCCUGGUCAAAGAAAGCAUCUGGCAAGGAAACAGAGAGCGAAGCCGAGAACGCAAAGGCAGCGGACACACUCGCCCCUGCGUCAUUCUUAUCGCUAUUCCGGUAUUCAACUCGCUUUGAAAUAAUGUUGGACCUUUUUGGCGUGAUCUUCGCUGUUGCUGCUGGCGCUUCGCAGCCUCUGAUGACUUUGGUAUUCGGCGACAUGACCCAAGAUUUCGUUACAUUUAGUUCAGUACAGAACGACUACUAUCAAGCGCUGCAGUCUAAUGAUGCGAACGUGAUCGCGCAAGCACAGACCGCGCUAGAUGCUGCUGCAUCCGAGCUCUACCCAUCUGAACUCGUACCAGGAAUCGCAAUGCUUGUUUGCACUUACAUGUACAUGUGCAUCUGGGCUUAUACUUCAGAAGCUAAUGGGAAAAGAAUACGAGAGAGGUAUCUUCAGGCCAUCCUUAGACAGGAGAUCGCUUAUUUUGAUGAUGUGGGAGCUGGAGAGGUUGCGACGCGCAUCCAAACCGACACUCAUCUGGUACAAAUGGGCAUAUCCGAAAAAGUCACUGUUUCGGUCGCUUGCAUCAGCUCAUUCACCACUGGCUUUAUUCUUGCAUAUGCCCGGUCAUGGCGUCUCGCUCUUGCAUUGUCGUCCAUGAUUGUGUGCAUUAUAUUCAUAGGCGCCGCCAUGAAAAAGUUUCUCUCCAAAUACACGCAAUUGUCCUUGAAGCAUGUUGCUGAGGCAGGUAGUCUUGCAGAAGAGGUCAUAUCCACGAUUCGCACCGCCCAGGCUUUCGGGACGCAGAAAGUUAUGUCUGGAAUGUACGAUAAGAAUGUCGACGUAACUCGCGUCGUCGACACCAAAGCGAGUAUUUGGCAAGGUGCAGGGUUAGGCUGCCUCUUCUUCGUGACCUACGCUGGAUAUGCGCUGGCGUUCGAUUUCGGAACUACCCUCAUAAAUGAGGGCAAGGCUAACGCCGGACAGGUUGUAAAUGUCUUCUUCGCCAUCUUGACCGGAUCGUUAUCUCUUGCCCUACUUGCGCCUGAAUUGCAAGCCAUUACACGCGGUUGUGGUGCUGCCGCCAAACUUUUCGCUACGAUCGAGCGUGUCCCCGAUAUCGACUCUGCAAAUCCAGGAGGACUAAAGCCUCCAAGAUCAAGUUUCAGCUAUCCAUCUCGCUCAGACGUCCCCAUUCUCAAAGGGAUCAACAUCACCUUCCCGGCUGGCAAGACCACUGCUCUCGUUGGCGCAUCUGGAUCUGGUAAAUCCACGAUUGUAUCUCUCACGGAACGCUUCUACGAUCCGCUCAGCGGAUCCGUUAUGCUUGACGGAACUGACUUGCGAGAACUGAAUAUCAAGUGGUUGCGCUCUCAGAUCGGUCUGGUCUCCCAAGAGCCUGUACUUUUCGCGACGACGAUCAGUGGCAACGUCGCGCAUGGUCUCAUUGGCACACAAUACGAGGAUGCAUCCGAGGAGGAGAAUCUGGACUCAUCAAAGCAGCCUGCAUCAAGUCCAAUGCAGAUGACUUUAUUAGCCGCCUGCCACAAGGAUAUGACACUAUGGUCGGCGAGCGAGGUUUUCUGUUAUCGGGAGGGCAAAAACAGCGGAUCGCCAUUGCGCGAGCUAUCAAGUGAUCGUACAGGACGCUCUCGACAAGGCAGCCUGCUGGGCGAACCACCAUCACCAUUGCUCAUCGCUUUGUCAACGAUUAAAGAUGCUGACUGCAUACUUGUAAUGGGCGAUGGUCUCGUACUGGAGCGAGGGACUCAUGCGGAACUUCUGGCAGACGAGAAUGGGGCAUACUCUCGUCUCGUCGCAGCUCAAUCUCUCCGCGAGGGUCAUGAAGAUGGUGAUCUGGAUGGAGUGAUAUUAAGUGACGAGACAGACUUAGAAAAGCCUAGGCCAGAAGAACUUCUCGAACGGAAGAGCACCAUUCACUCCAUCGGAAGCGACGUCGUCGGUCAAUUAAAGGAGAAAACAGGGGACCAGGCUCCAGAGGGAGACUAUGGCAAUGGUGCCGCUUAUCCUGCCUCUGGUAUCAUCUAUGGGCAAGCGAUCUCCGGCUUUAGCGCGACCACGAAUGCCGAGCGCAGCUACCAAGGCGACAGGAAUGCUCUCUGCUUCAAAGCCAUUCUCCGACAAGACAUCGAGUACUUUGACGACGACAAGAACAGCACUGGCGCUCUGACGUCGAAGCUUGAGCGAAAACCCCCAGAGGGUAAAUGGUCUCGCUGGCAUAACUCUUGGAACUUAUUGGUUUGGCUAUUGGCUUUGCAUACGCUUGGAAGGUGGCCAUUGUCGGCAUGGAUCAGAGGAACAGGAAAGCGCAAGAAAGCUCUGCUCAGAUUGCCUGCGAAGCUGCUGCAUGCCAUUCGCACUGUUGCAUCAUUGACCCGAGAAGAGCACUGUCUUAAUAUUUACAAACAGAGCUUAGAAGCACCCAUCAGGAAAUCCACUAGGACAGCGCUCUGGAGCAACUUGCUGUAUGCAUUCUCUCAGGCCAUGGGGAUUCUGGGUGACAUCUCUAGCCGUCUGAGCACGGUAUUUUCCUCAAUGCAAGCUAGUAACUUCUUUGCCUUUGUGCCUGACAUCUCAUCGGCCAAAGGGGCCGCCGACGCAAUUAUCAGGCUCCUUGAUUCGACUCCUGCGAUUGAUGCAGAGUCAACUGAAGGCAAAAGCGUUCCGAGCGAAACUAUCAAAGGCCUUAUACGGCUGGAGAACGUUCGUUUCAGUUAUCCCACCCGGCCCAGAACCCAGGUCCUUCGUGGCCUCUCGUUUACGGUUGAACCUGGAACUUAUGUUGCCUUGGUCGGCUCCAGUGGUUGCGGUAAAAGCACGGUCGUUUCUACGAUCCACUUUCCUGGACGGAUCUCGCUCGAUGGAGAGCUUAUUGACGAGUUUAACGUCCAGGCAUAUCGACAGCAGAUUGCACUUGUGUCACAAGAACCUACUUUGUACGCGGGAACUAUCCGCUUCAACAUCUUGCUCGGUGCCGCUAGACCAGAAACCGAGGUCACGCAAGAAGAGAUCGAGGCUGCCUGCCGUAGUGCCAACAUACUAGAUUUUAUUCAAUCACUUCCAGAUGGGUUCAAUACCGAAGUCGGUGGGAAGGGAUCCCAGCUAUCGGGCGGUCAGAAACAACGUAUAGCAAUCGCUCGUGCACUACUUCGGAAUCCCAAGGUUCUUCUGCUCGAUGAAGCCACAUCAGCCCUUGAUUCGAACUCGGAGAAGGUAGUACAAGAAGCUCUUGACAAAGCUGCGAAAGGUCGCACCACCAUUGCUAUCGCCCACCGUCUUUCUACUAUCCAGAACGCUGAUCGCAUACAUUUUAUCAAGGAGGGCAGAGUCUGCGAAUCUGGCACCCAUGACGAGCUUCUUGCGCUGAGAGGAGACUAUUACGAGUUCGUCCAGCUGCAAGCACUGAGCAAGAAGUAGCGGUAAUUUAGAAUAAUGCCCGAUGAGUCUAACUCAAUAAUACAUUAGAAACCUAGAGCAAAUCAGUAAUUCCAUCUUUCUAGAACCAUAAAAGAGACAAGGGACGCAUAGUUCAGUACGGUGGUUCACCGCUUGUACU